AUGACAAGUUACUGGUUAAUGCAUUUAUUUCUAUUGCUUGGCAGUUUUUAUUGUGGCUAUGCAAAUGUCAGGACACUGUUGCUGUAUCAGAUUAUUGCGUCAGCAACAUACUGUCAGCAGCUUGAAAACUCUGUUAUGACAGAAUUAGCGACCGCUGAAGUAACGUCAAGUUUAAAAAUAGUUGAUGGCAUUUCGAACUACUCGAAUGUGGCUUCAGCAAACCAGUCGGUCGCGUCAACAACAGCAACAGCACCAACACUACCACCACCAACAACAACUAUUCAGACAUCGAGUAGUGGUCAAGAGUCGAGUGAUCAAGCCAUUGAAUUGAACUCCUCAAAUGUGGCUUCAACAAACCAGUCUGUCGUGUCAACAACAACAACAACAACAGCAGCAGCAACACUACCACCACCAACAGCAACUAUUCAGACAUCGAGUAGUGGUCAAGAGUCGAGUGAUCAAGCCAUUGAAUUGAACUCCUCAAAUGUGGCUUCAACAAACCAGUCUGUCGUGUCAACAACAACAACAACAACAGCAGCAGCAACACUACCACCACCAACAGCAACUAUUCAGACAUCGAGUAGUGGUCAAGAGUCGAGUGAUCAAGCCAUUGAAUUGAACUCCUCAAAUGUGGCUUCAACAAACCAGUCUGUCGUGUCAACAACAACAACAACAACAGCAGCAGCAACACUACCACCACCAACAGCAACUAUUCAGACAUCGAGUAGUGGUCAAGAGUCGAGUGAUCAAGCCAUUGAAUUGAACUCCUCAAAUGUGGCUUCAACAAACCAGUCUGUCGUGUCAACAACAACAACAACAACAACAGCAGCAGCAACACUACCACCACCAACAGCAACUAUUCAGACAUCGAGUAGUGGUCAAGAGUCGAGUGAUCAAGCCAUUGAAUUGAACUCCUCAAAUGUGGCUUCAACAAACCAGUCUGUCGUGUCAACAACAACAACAACAACAGCAGCAGCAACACUACCACCACCAACAGCAACUAUUCAGACAUCGAGUAGUGGUCAAGAGUCGAGUGAUCAAGCCAUUGAAUUGAACUCCUCAAAUGUGGCUUCAACAAACCAGUCUGUCGUGUCAACAACAACAACAACAACAGCAGCAGCAACACUACCACCACCAACAGCAACUAUUCAGACAUCGAGUAGUGGUCAAGAGUCGAGUGAUCAAGCCAUUGAAUUGAACUCCUCAAAUGUGGCUUCAACAAACCAGUCUGUCGUGUCAACAACAACAACAACAACAGCAGCAGCAACACUACCACCACCAACAGCAACUAUUCAGACAUCGAGUAGUGGUCAAGAGUCGAGUGAUCAAGCCAUUGAAUUGAACUCCUCAAAUGUGGCUUCAACAAACCAGUCUGUCGUGUCAACAACAACAACAACAACAGCAGCAGCAACACUACCACCACCAACAGCAACUAUUCAGACAUCGAGUAGUGGUCAAGAGUCGAGUGAUCAAGCCAUUGAAUUGAACUCCUCAAAUGUGGCUUCAACAAACCAGUCUGUCGUGUCAACAACAACAACAACAACAGCAGCAGCAACACUACCACCACCAACAGCAACUAUUCAGACAUCGAGUAGUGGUCAAGAGUCGAGUGAUCAAGCCAUUGAAUUGAACUCCUCAAAUGUGGCUUCAACAAACCAGUCUGUCGUGUCAACAACAACAACAACAACAGCAGCAGCAACACUACCACCACCAACAGCAACUAUUCAGACAUCGAGUAGUGGUCAAGAGUCGAGUGAUCAAGCCAUUGAAUUGAACUCCUCAAAUGUGGCUUCAACAAACCAGUCUGUCGUGUCAACAACAACAACAACAACAGCAGCAGCAACACUACCACCACCAACAGCAACUAUUCAGACAUCGAGUAGUGGUCAAGAGUCGAGUGAUCAAGCCAUUGAAUUGAACUCCUCAAAUGUGGCUUCAACAAACCAGUCUGUCGUGUCAACAACAACAACAACAACAGCAGCAGCAACACUACCACCACCAACAGCAACUAUUCAGACAUCGAGUAGUGGUCAAGAGUCGAGUGAUCAAGCCAUUGAAUUGAACUCCUCAAAUGUGGCUUCAACAAACCAGUCUGUCGUGUCAACAACAACAACAACAACAGCAGCAGCAACACUACCACCACCAACAGCAACUAUUCAGACAUCGAGUAGUGGUCAAGAGUCGAGUGAUCAAGCCAUUGAAUUGAACUCCUCAAAUGUGGCUUCAACAAACCAGUCUGUCGUGUCAACAACAACAACAACAACAGCAGCAGCAACACUACCACCACCAACAGCAACUAUUCAGACAUCGAGUAGUGGUCAAGAGUCGAGUGAUCAAGCCAUUGAAUUGAACUCCUCAAAUGUGGCUUCAACAAACCAGUCUGUCGUGUCAACAACAACAACAACAACAGCAGCAGCAACACUACCACCACCAACAGCAACUAUUCAGACAUCGAGUAGUGGUCAAGAGUCGAGUGAUCAAGCCAUUGAAUUGAAUUUAUGUCACGGAUUAAAGUUGAAACCACCAGUGAGUAUUAGAAUAAGCAAUAUAACAUCGAAAUCAUUUGACGUAUCUUGGUCAUCUCCUUUAUUACAACAGAAACUGUCGUGCCUUUCUUUAAUAUCUGCCUAUGAAAUUCUGUUAAAUAGUCCACUAAAAGCGUCAGGAUUAAUCAAAUCUCAUCAUUAUCCAAUUCUCUUGACGAAUUUAAAUAUACCAUUGACAAUUUAA